GUUGUGAUACGUAAAAAUAUUGUUAUUUUUGUUUAUUUUGUAUUCAAGCAUCUUAGUCAAUCAAAUUUUUAUUAUGUAUUAAUUGUAUUUUUAAUUAACCAAAGUUUUACUUUGCAAUGAGCAAGUUAUUUAAUUCAUUGUACUCGCUGUGAUUCGCUUUGUUUGAAAGCGUACAAAGUGAAACAAUUAAUGUUUUCAUCUUCUAAACGUGUGUGUCUUUCCCUGCUUAUGUUGUUGCUUUCAACUUUAUGAGGAAGAAGAUUGAAAAGGGCGAUGAUCUUUUUGCCUUCUUUUCUUGCUUAUCUUACGGUAACUCUGUUAAUAUUUGGUUUUGUUCAAUCAACUAACAAGGUCCAUCCGAUUGAAGAGUUUACCUUCCACCAGAUUAUCGAGCCAAAUUUUUACAACUCUCAAGGUGCCCAUUUGUCAAGCGAUUCAUUAAAAAUAUUACCUUGCUCCGAGUUCGCUCGCUUACAAUUUUUAUUGCAUAAUGUUACCCUCUCUUUAGAUCUUAAAGAAAAUCAUAAUCUCAUUCCUGAUAACUAUUUUGAGCAAAUUCAUCUUAAUGGUUCACUAGUUACUCAUCAGAAACAUCAAUUAAAGCCGUCAAAUCAUUGUCAUUUCCAAGGCUCUCUAUCUUCCGAUCCAGAUUCCUUUGCUGCUCUCAGUAUUUUUCGAGGAACACUCUCUGGGAUAAUUUAUAGCACCAAUGAAUCUUAUCAUAUUCAUUAUGAUGAUUCAGCUUCAAAAACUUUACUUUUUAUGUCUAGCCAUUACAAAAACAUCAAAAAUUUCAAAUGCGGAGUUGAAGAUGCAUCUACUGAUCAAAGCAAACAAUCAUUUCAUUCUUUUAGACCAAAAAGGUCAACUGACCGGAAAGAACCUUACCGUAACAAUGCAAAAACGCGUUACGUAGAACUUGUUCUCGUCAAUGACAAUAAAGAGUACAUUGAAUGUGGAAGAGAUAGAGAAACUGUGAUCGAAAAAAAUAAACAAAUAGCAAACAUCGUCAAUGCGCUUUAUAAUCAAUUAAAUAUAUUUGUCGCUCUUGUUGGAGUUAUAAUUUGGUCUGAUCAUGAUGAGAUUACGUUAUCAACUAAUGGUGAUACCACACUUAACAAUUUCCUUCGUUACCGAAAAGAGCGUUUGGUUCCAAAGCAUCCUAAUGAUAAUGCUCAACUCAUAACUGGAACAACCUUCGAUGCUGGCGUUGUUGGUAAAGCGCUUAAAGGACCAAUAUGUACCUAUGAGUUUUCAGGGGGAGUCAACACCGAUCAUAGUCAUCUGAUCAGUCUUGUAGCAACAACUGUUGCUCAUGAGUUGGGUCACAAUUUUGGUAUGGAACAUGACACACCCGAAUGUGUGUGCAAAGAUGCAGAAAAAUGUAUCAUGUCUCAUUCAUCGGGUGCUUAUAGUCCACGCAAAUGGUCCUCUUGCUCUGUGAAAUAUUUAGAUGAUGCAUUUUCUCGUGGAAUGGAUUUUUGCCUUAAAAACCAACCUAGAAUGAUAAUUGGGCCUGUUUGUGGAAACGGUUUCACUGAGGAAGGCGAAGAAUGCGAUUGUGGUCUAAAAGAUUUCUGUGACAAUCCAUGCUGUGACCCUUCAACUUGCAAAUUAAAGACAGGCGCCAAAUGUGCUAUAGGUAUUUGUUGUGAUCUAUCUACAUGUUCUGUUGUCAAAGCGUCUAGCCAUCAGACCUGUCGUCCAGCCAGUGGUGAAUGUGAUUUUCCUGAAUAUUGUGAUGGUAGUUCUGAGUUAUGCCCUGAAGAUCGUUAUGUCCAAGAUGGAACUGAAUGUGGAUCUGAAGAAGCAUUUUGUUUGAAUGGUACUUGCUCAUCUUAUAACUCGCAGUGUAAACUUCUUUGGGGAGACUCCGGUGCUGUUUCAUCUACAGCAUGUUAUGACCAAAAUAGAUUCGGUAAACCAAGUGGUAAUUGUGGAUUCAAUCGUAUUAAUAAAACUUACAUCCCGUGCAGUGUAUCAGACACUCUUUGUGGAAUGCUACAUUGUACUCAUACCAAUGAGCGUUUAGAAUUUGGAAUGUAUUCUGCCGCUAUUCUUCACAAAACGUUCAUAACGCAAAAAGAAGGUGACUCUAAGUCCGUUUUAGCCUGUCAUUCUGCUGUUAUUGAUUUAGGUCUUGAAACUGUUGACCCAGGACUAGUACCGAAUGGGGCCAAAUGUGGAGAGAACAAAAUGUGUCUUAAUCAGCGAUGUACUCCGGUUGAAAAAAUACGAGGACGAAUCAGUUGUCCCAAUGAUUGUUCAGGAAAUGGUUUAUGUGAUAACAAAGGAAUGUGUCAUUGUAUGGAUGGUUUUGCUGAACCUGAUUGUGAACAACCAUUACCUCGUUGGUAUCAUCUAACAUUAGCGAUGUACAUUAUUUUCCUUUGCAUCCUUCCAUUAACUGCAUUUGCUGCCUUUAUCGCCUACUAUUUUCAUUCAAAUAUUAAAACUUGGUGGAUUUUACGAACUCGUAAAGCUAACAUUAAAUCAAGAGCCAAACAAUCAUCAAUCUCAAAAGUUCAGCAUUUAACUCCUCGCAUGGAUCUCAAGUCUUUGAAGAUUUCCGGACCACUUUCAGCUGACCAAGUGGAACAAAAGUUAGUUACAUCGACGACAGGUUUAACUACAACAACUCCAGCACCUUCAACAACAGCAACAACAGUCCUAACCACAAUAGGUAACGGAAAUUCUGUACCAUGGGCUACAGUCGUAUCUCCACCAGUUCAAGUAGUCAAACCAUUGCGUUCAACAAAUCAUGUUGGUCCUGUUUCCUAUCCUAAGCCACCUCGACCCACUGCUCCUCCACUUUCAGCUGUCGCCCCGGCUCGUCCAGCUCCUCCUCCGCCUCCUUUGCCUUCUCAGAGAUCAUCGCCUUCAUCGAAAACAGCUUCAGGCCGUCCAAAUCAACCAGCACCCAAUAGAUUAACAGCUGGUAAUUUAUCUCGCUCUACAAGCCUUCGUUCAUCAACACGAACCCAUCUUGAAAGACCAAAGCAUCCUCCACCCAAACCCCCUCCUAUAGAUCAAAAUGAGGAUAACUCAUCCAGUGAUUCAUCUUCUGAUCCUCCUCCCUCAUCUAAUAAUAGUAAAGACCUUCAACGUCCCCUCAUGAAUAAUCGAGAAGAGGAUGAUAGGAAAGCUUCCUCCAAUGAUAGUAUCGGACAAGCCAGUUUCGCUGCACGGCUGGCUGCUUUGCAAGCUAGUUUUAAUGCAUCAAACAAAUCUUCAUCCCAUCCUCCUUCAUCCUUAUCAAAUCAACCCCAAAUCAAGUCCAAAGUAGGUUUAGUCAAAGACUCAGAUGAACAAAGUACUGGAAACGAUAAACAUUUAAGAUGAUGAUAAAUUAUGAUUAAACUAGUCAAUCUAAAUAUUAGACAUAAAUAUUAUAUUUGUAUACAAAUUCAAAAUUUAAAUGUAUUUUAGUGUAUAUUUCGUUUAUUUGAUCACUUUAAAAAACAAAAAGCAUGCGCUCAUAUUGAAACAGUUUUGUAUCAAUGGCAAUUUGACUGACAAAAACUGCACAAUUUAGUCAAAUUCAUAUCAUGUAAUUCGUCAGAAAAUUGUGAAGGAAGAUUUCUUUUAUACUGUCAACAUCGAUCAAUAAUAAAGUUGCUUUAUAAAAUAGA